CCACAUCCCCACCCCUCCUCAGUCCGACAGGAGACGCCCGGCAGGAGGCACGAUGACGGGCAGCAUCGAGGGGCUGGAGAGGUUCGACAGCCCGGGGAAGGGCCGAGGUCUCCGGGUGACCAGAGCGUUUAAAGUCGGGGAGCUUCUGUUUUCCAGCCCGGCGUAUUGUUACGUGCUGUCGGCGAAGGAGAGAGGCUGCUACUGCGAGUUCUGCUUCAACAGGAAAGAGGGCUUGGCCAGAUGUGGGAAGUGCAAGAAAGCCUUCUACUGCAAUGCGAAAUGCCAGAAAGGGGACUGGGCCAUGCACAAGCUGGAGUGUUCAGCAAUGCUUGCAUUUGGAGAGAACUGGUGCCCGUCUGAGAUGUCCCGACUGGUGGCCCGGAUCCUCGCCAAGAAGAAAACGCAGAAGGAAAGAUGUGUCUCUGAGAAGCUCUUGCUCAUAGGAGACGUGCAAUCACACGUGGAAGACGAAGAUAACGAGAGAAGAGAGAUGAACGAGGCAGACUUGGCCGGACUGCAUCGCUUUUACUCCAAACAUCUGGAGGUGCCCGAGCACAAAGACCUGCUCACGCUCUUCUCCCAGGUUGCCUGUAAUGGUUUCACAAUAGAGGAUGAUGAGCUGUCCCACAUGGGUACUGCAAUCUACCCAGACGUGGCGCUCAUAAACCACAGCUGUCUUCCCAGCGUCAUCGUCACGUACAAGGGGACGUCGGCUGAGAUCCGGGCAGUGCAGGACAUGAAACCUGGAGAUGAAGUGCUCAUCAGCUACAUAGACAUCCUCUAUCCGACAGACGACCGCAACAGCAGGCUGAGAGAGAACUACUACUUCAGCUGUGAAUGCCAGGAAUGUAAAUCCAAGUCCAAAGACAAGGCCAAGAUGAAAGUGCGUAAGCGACGCGACCCCAUCGAGCCGGACGUCAUCAGCAACAUGGUGCGCUACGCCAGGAAAGCUAUCAGAGAGUUCCGGACGUCCAAACACAUAAAAACCCCUAGUGAGUUGCUGGAGAUGUGUGAACAGAGCCUGGAGGAAAUGGGAACAAUCUUUGAUGACGCCAACGUGUACAUGCUCCACAUGAUGUACCAGGCCAUGGGGGUUUGUCUCUACAUGGAAGACCCAGAAGGAGCUAUCAAAUACGGCGAGAAGAUCAUCAAACCUUACAGCCGGCUGUAUCCACCGUACUCCUUGAACGUGUCUUCCAUGUACCUGAAGUUGGGCCGACUGUACAUGGGGCUGGAGAAGCACUCAGCCGGCGUCAGCGCUCUCAAGAAGGCGAUGGCUGUAAUGGAGGUGGCUCAUGGGAAGGAUCACAGCUACGUUGCAGAGCUGCGCAAAGAGAUUGCACAAAAAUGAAGAGAACAGAGAGAAAAACAUACAAGUAAAUCCCUACGGACUGCAUACGCUCCUUUGAUGAGGAGCUUUACAGAACUGUGGCCACUUUCAAGAUCAAGUUUUGGUCCUGGAGUGAAGACGGAGAACAUUCGUGUUUUCUUUGUUGUUGUUUUAUGCAAAUAAUUUAUUGUUGGACUUUGAAAAACGGACAUUGUGAAAGAUGUUUUUUUUAAAUUAUGGCAACAAUAA